GUCCUGGAAAAGUCGGUCAACACACAGACCGGGGUCGGUUUACUGCACGCCCCGUAGAGGAGCUUCAACGCGCCGUUACCGGGACGGGGACCCCGAGAGCCGCCGAGCAGCCCCUGAGAGUGAAGCCUCUCCCGCUGGGCACGGCAGGCUGACAAAGGGACCGAGGGACACCCGUGCGCUCGGGGUCGCCCGGCCCGGCCUGCGCCCAGGGAAGCUCUGCCCGGGUCCCAGCACACGCAGACACCAGCCUAAUCUAAGACAGAAACCGUCUCCGCCAGUCAAGGAACCCCCAGAAGUACUUUGCCAUGGACACAGAAGAUGAAGAAAACAUGAGUUCGAGCAGCACAGAUGUUAAGGAAAGCUGCGGUCUGGACAGCGUGCCCCCCAAGGACGGCAGCGCCCCCGGGCCCGGCGAGGGCGCCCCGCUCUCCAACGGGGGCAGCGGUGGCGCCAGCCGGAAGCGGCCCCUGGAAGAGGGCAGCAACGGGCACGCCAAGUUCCGCCUGAAGAAGAGGAGGCGGCCGCCGGGCCCCGCGCUGCCGAAGAACGCCCUGAUGCAGCUGAACGAGAUCAAGCCCGGCCUGCAGUACGCGCUGCUGUCGCAGACGGGGCCGGUGCACGCGCCUCUGUUCGUCAUGUCCGUGGAGGUGAACGGGCAGGUGUUCGAGGGCUCCGGGCCCACCAAGAAGAAGGCCAAGCUGCACGCCGCCGAGAAGGCGCUGCGCUCCUUCGUGCAGUUCCCCAACGCCUCCGAGGCCCACCUGGCCAUGGGGAGGACCCUGUCCGCCAACACGGACUUCACGUCCGACCAGGCCGACUUCCCCGACACGCUCUUCAACGGCUUCGAGACCCCGGACAGGUCGGAGGUGCCCUUCUACCUGGGCUCCAACGGGGACGACUCGUUCAGCUCCAGCGGGGACCUCAGCCUGGCGGCGUCCCCGGCGCCCGCGGGCCUGGCGCAGCCCCCGCUCCCCGGGCCCCCGCCCUUCCCGCCCCCAAGCGGGAAGAACCCGGUGAUGAUCCUGAACGAGCUGCGGCCCGGGCUCAAGUACGACUUCCUGUCGGAGAGCGGGGAGAGCCACGCCAAGAGCUUCGUCAUGUCCGUGGUGGUGGACGGCCAGUUCUUCGAGGGCUCGGGCAGGAACAAAAAGCUCGCCAAGGCCCGGGCCGCGCAGUCCGCCCUGGCGACCAUUUUUAACCUGCACCUGGACCAGACGCCGUCCCGCCAGCCCAUCCCCAGCGAGGGCCUGCAGUUGCACCUACCGCAGGUGUUAGCCGACGCCGUGGCCCGCCUGGUGCUGGAUAAGUUUGGUGACCUGACCGACAACUUCUCCUCUCCUCACGCACGCAGGAAAGUGCUCGCCGGCAUCGUCAUGACAACAGGCACAGAUGUGAAAGACGCCAAGGUGAUAAGUAUUUCCACGGGGACAAAGUGCAUCAAUGGCGAGUACAUGAGUGACCGUGGCCUUGCGUUAAAUGACUGCCAUGCAGAAAUUAUAGCUCGGAGAUCCUUGCUUAGAUUUCUUUAUACACAACUUGAGCUUUACCUAAACAACAAAGACGAUCAAAAGAGAUCCAUCUUUCAGAAGUCCGAGCGCGGAGGGUUCAAGCUGAAGGAGACUGUUCAGUUCCACCUGUACAUCAGCACGUCCCCCUGCGGGGACGCCAGGAUCUUCUCACCGCACGAGCCGAUUCUGGAAGAACCGGCGGACAGACAUCCAAACCGCAAAGCCAGAGGACAGCUGCGGACGAAAAUAGAGUCUGGCGAAGGCACAAUUCCCGUGCGAUCCAACGCAAGCCUCCAGACGUGGGACGGGGUGCUGCAGGGUGAGAGGCUGCUCACCAUGUCCUGCAGCGACAAGAUGGCACGGUGGAACGUGGUGGGCGUGCAGGGGUCCCUGCUCAGCAUCUUCGUGGAGCCCAUCUACUUCUCGAGCAUCAUCCUGGGCAGCCUGUACCACGGGGACCACCUCUCCAGGGCCAUGUACCAGCGGAUCUCAAACAUCGAAGACCUGCCCCCCCUCUACACCCUCAACAAGCCUCUGCUCAGCGGCAUCAGCAACGCGGAAGCGCGGCAGCCGGGGAAGGCACCCAACUUCAGCGUCAACUGGACGGUGGGCGACGCGGCCAUUGAGGUCAUCAAUGCCACGACAGGGAAGGACGAGCUGGGCCGUGCGUCCCGCCUGUGUAAGCACGCCUUGUACUGUCGCUGGAUGCGUGUGCACGGCAAGGUUCCCUCCAACCUACUGCGCUCCAAGAUCACUAAACCCAACAUGUACCACGAAUCCAAACUGGUGGCCAAGGAGUACCAGGCCGCCAAGGCGUGUCUGUUCAAAGCGUUCAUCAAGGCAGGGCUGGGCGCCUGGGUGGAGAAGCCCACCGAGCAGGAUCAGUUCUCUCUCACCCCCUGACCGGGGGCGUGGGGCGGAGGCUGCCCGGUCCAGCGCGGUCUCCGCAGCCCCACGUCUGAGCCGGGGCGGGCGUGGGGACGCGGGGUGCUGGGCGUCCAGCGCGGUGUCCGCAGCCUCACCUCUGACCUGGGGGCAGGGCGUGCACUUUGGGGGGGUCCGGGGGGGGUUGGGGUCCAGCAUCCCCACCUGCAUCCCUCCGCAGCAGCAUCACACCCCUUCGAAUUAAUCCAGUGACUGCUUCCAAUCCCCGUUUCCGUUUAGAAGUCGAGUUCUACUGAGUAGGGCUUCCUUAAGUUUAGGAAAAAUAGAAAUUACUUUGUGUGAAAUUUUUGGAUAAAUAAUUUAUUCAGAGUUAGGAACGUGGUUUAUAAAGUAAGUAAAUGUAUCAAGUCACUCCUAGGCCACCUUAUUUUAAUUGCAGAAGAGCAUUUAUCUGUGGAGAAGGUGAGAAAGUAGAGGCAGGAAGUAGAAGCCUGAGGAGACCGUGACAGCCGCGCGGCUGGCAGGUCCCCCCGACGGGCCACCGCCCACGGCUUCCGCCCACACGGGGGACCCCGCACCCGGGGCCGGCCUUGCGCGCGCCCGAGGCCCCCCUGGUGGCGGCCAGCGUCCGUGGGGGCCCGGCCCGGGGCCCUGGCACCCCUCCCUCCGCCCCCAGAAGCGUCUGAGGUCCUCCCAGGUUCGCAUCAUGGAAAACGUGCGUUGGGUCACUUGUAAAUAAUCAGAGGCAGCACGCGGGCAGCGAUCCUGCGCCCAGGCAGGUGUCCAAGCAGUAUUUCAUGUUGCGGGUCUCGGAGGAUCCGCAGGGGCCGCCGCACAAACCACAGCCCCAAGCCCCCCUCUUCCUGUCUCCGAAUCUAACGGGCGUGGAGGGCCGUCCAGACCUUCACAGGAUGGAAAUAGAAUCGAUUAAGUAGAUAGACUCGUUCUUAGGAAAUGCCACUGACGGCGUAUUUUUAAAUUAUUCUCUCCAGCUUUUAUCAAAGACGAUGUUUGAAAGUCAGUAUUGAGGCUGGGAGCUGGUGAGGCCGCGCGCCGCGGGCGUCGUCCCACCAGGGCCUGGACGCUGGUAGUCACGGCAGGGAAGGGGCUCUGCUGGCCGCCGGGGGGCCCGGGCCGAGCCAGCAGCCGGUCAGGAGUGUGGGCCCGGGGCCGGGGCCGCCUCGGCCUGAGCCCAGCGAUCUGCACCAGUUGCCUUGUUGCUUCCACUCAGGAUCAGACAGGAGCCCGACCGGGCUUCCUGCCCCGUUUGCAUGAAGUGGGGGGUCUGGUGGGUGCUGUAGGCAGAGACGCGGUCCCCGCCCCAGCUCGACGGACUCAGAGCACGCGCAGCAGGAGCGCAGCGGCUGGUGUCCCCUCGCCCACACCCCACGCGCUCAGAGCAGGAGACUCGGAGCCGCCGGGUCCCCGGCGGUGGCACCCGGGGCGCGUGGAGCCGCGGGGCUGGCGCCGCAGGGUCGCCCACACCAGCCGCCCGCCUGCAGCGGCGCUCGCCCGGCCCCGUGGGGCGGCGGGGGUGUGGCCGAGCAGGAGGGGUGUCAGCUGGUGUGGCCGCCGUCCCCACGCAGACGCUCCCGCGCGCGGAACAUCCGUGAGCCGCUGCGUUUUUACUCUCUCUAUAAAUGGUAUUUUUUCUAAUGGGGAUUGGGAGAUGGACUUAGUUUUUAAAAAAAAAAAACACGUGGAUUUUGAUGAAAAGUUGAGUGGAAACAUGUUGCACAAACGUACGAACCCUUCCCGGUCUGUCCGGCUGCCUCCGUCCCAUCAGGUGACCGCGAGGUCGGCACGGUCCCCGCGCCCCGAGCAGAGCGGGGCCGACCGUGCUGGCGCCGCGUGGACCCACGGGCGUCGGGGGACGGAGGGCCCCGAGCACCUGAGCACCUGAGCACCUGCGGGGGCCUCGGCCCGGGGCUGCGUGUCCGAGCAGAGUGGGGCCGACCUGCGGCUCCUCCAGCGCUUUCCACGGUCCCCUCGGCCCAGCGCCCGGGGCGCCUUCCUCCAGCCCGACAGCGCCCGUAAUCAGGACUCUAGGGACUUAAAGAUCUGACACAGCCAAGGACUGGAUUUUUGCGAAAAAUCUUCCAUUUUGAGGCCAUUUUGACCGGUGGGGGGUGGGCGGUUCUCUUCCGUUUCCUUCGCCAAACCCGACCUGCUCGCUCCGGGAAGCCCCCGCCCUCGUGGGGUGUCCAGGCCCGCGGGCACCUGUCCCGCCAGCGGCAGGUGGGGGGUCGGGUGUCCCUGCGCCCGCGUCAGCCCCGCCCCCCCGCCCCCCCCCCGCCCAGGCCAGGGACCCCGCAGAGCCCCAGGUCCCAUUCUGAAUCAGAGGCUUAUUGAUUCAUUUAAUCAAAUCAAAACCAGUUGUUUUGUUUUAAAACGUGCAAGCCAGCGUCUCAGCAGGCGUUCGUGUCUCUGGAAUGUGUUGUUACCCCCGGGCUCCCCGAUACCCAGACCACAGGAUCGCUGCCUUCGUGGUAAAGACGGUGUUUCUUGUCGUUUGCAACAGCGGGGGGUGGGGGGAGACCGAGGGGAUCGGUGUGCGCUGCCCCGUCCACAGACCGUCCGCCCCGACCCCAAAUCAUCUAGGGAAGUAGAGUCAGCUGGCUUUCCCACCUCCCAAACCUGUGAAAUUAGAGAAUCUCGCAAAAGAUUCCUUUUAUCAACCCCAAACCGUGUGAGUGGAAAGGGCGGGGUGGCCGUGACCGCGCCUGUCCAGUGUUGUGUGUCCUCGUCGCCUGGCGUGUCCUGCGCCCCCUCCCCAGCCACCCGGCCGGUCACGGCCCCGGGGCCCCCGCGGAGGACAGGGUCGGACUCCAUCCUGACGCUUGGCUCCUCUGGUGCGGCCGUGCACACCUGUCGCCGUUUGCGGGGACGAGCCCGUGUCGCUUGGCCACGCCGUGGGCUGCUGGUGCUUCGGGAGCCGCCGCCCGUGCCCCGGACGCGACCACGAAGGGUUCAAGGCGGUCUGUGGAGUGUCCCCAGAGCGAGCCCGUGAGCAGCUUGCUUCUCCAGAUACUGGGUCGUAUGCUUUUAUUUUGUUUUAUUUUAGAAUCUGGACACUUUAUAUGAAUGUAAUUCAGCCAACACCCCUGUCGCCGAGCCCCCGGUUCCUCUGUAUGUAUAUUGAUGUAUAUACCACGCGUUACGACCUGCAUGAGCCCCCCUCGCACCCAGACCAGCCGGAACCAAGCAUGAGACGCUGUCCUACAGACAAAGGAUUGGAGAUGUUCUCAAUAAAAGACACAGUGUUCCACCA